AUGUCUGACCAGCCUCACUCGCCUGAUUCCUCUCGGGCGGAGUCCCGCGCUCCAUCACCUGCGCAUGGCACACCUCAAGCUGAUGCUGAUACGGAGAAGUCCACGGCAGAAAUGAAGACACCAGACCACGACCACACAGACAAACCUACUUCAAAAUCACCAUCGCGGGAGAAAGAAGAACACAUACCGACGGAAUUGCAUGAUACUACCCAGGCAUCCAAUGAUUCUGAAUCAGCACCACCACUACCCGAUGAGGUGCCUCCGCCGCUUCCCGACGAAGCACCACCUGGGAAAGUAGAGGAUGACGGAUGGGAACCUGUUUGGGAUGCGAACGCUCAAGCCUUCUAUUUCUUUAAUCGGUUCACCGGGCUCACCCAGUGGGAAAACCCCCGAGUUCCUGAAGCAGCCGCUCCGGGCACUGUGAGCGCCAGCACGCUUGAGGCACUGAAUUCCACCGAGAAAAAAGCACCGGUACUGGGAGGAUACAACCCUGCGAUUCAUGGGGACUACGAUCCAAAUGCUUCUUACGCGCAGCAGCAUGAGGAACCGUCUGGAGAAGCUGGGGGGUCGGCACUAGAUCCCGCGGCCGCAUACGCUGCGACUGGCACAUUCAAUCGCUUCACCGGCCGCUGGCAGGCUGAUUCGAUCCGGCCGGAAAAUUACAAUGAUGAGAACAAGUCACGGCGGCAGAUGAACGCGUUCUUCGAUGUGGAUGCCGCGGCAAACAGUCACGAUGGGCGAAGUCUCAAGGCUGAACGGAGUGGAAAGAAGCUGAGCAAAAAAGAAUUAAAGAUGUUCAAAGAAAAGCGCCGAGAAAGAAAAGAGGAGAAACGCAGAGCGUGGCUUCGAGAUUAA